AUGGCAUCCAUAGUCGAGAAGCGUGGGGACACGAUCAUCUACCGCGCACCGAACUCGGUGGACAUUCCUAGUCUCGACCUUUUGUCGUUUCUCUUCGAAAAUCCCCAGAAUGACAGGCUCAGGAGCGACACCAUCCUUCACGCCGACGCUGCUAAUCCCAGCCGCAACGUGACAAUGGCGCAACAGAUCAGCCACCUGCAGAGGCUGGCCCACACGAUCCGAACACAGCAGGUUGCCAUGACGGAGAGCAAGCUGCUCAUCUGCAGCCCUGACAUCAAGGCACUUGCCGGGUCUGCCGGCGCACUCGCAGGCCUACCCGAAGAUCGAUUCACAUACUUUGGGGACAGCGAGGACGUGGAACUCUACCAAGUCGAGUCAAGCACGCAGAUCCACACCGGCGGCACGACCGGCCCCCCGAAAGCGACCCCCAUCUCUCACGCCAACAUUGUCGCCUCCGUCUUCCUCUUCAUGGAACCCUUCCGGCACGACCCGAAGCUCGAAUUCCGCACUGUCGCGCACGUCCCGACAACGCAUCUCUCGGGCAUCCAGGGCUAUAUCACGUUGCAGACUUACGUCGGCGGCACCGUCUUCUGGAUGACACGGUUUGACUUGCCGCAGCUCGUGGCCCACGGCAAGCGCUACAGCGCCACGAUGCUCCUAAGCCCGCCGCCCGUCUGGCUCGCCAUCGCCAAGGCGCCCUUUGUGACAGACCAGCUCAGCACGAUGGUCGUGGGCUUCUCGAGCGCCGCGCCGAUGGGCGCCGAGGUACAAAAUGCGGCGCAGCGCAAGCUGGGCGGGGUACUGCCGCUGAACGAGAGGGGCGCGAGCGGUAGCCUUGCCAUGCUCGUCGCCAAUAGCGAGAUGCGCAUCGUCGACGAGGAAGUGAGGGACGUCACGCCUGGAGUGACGGGCGAAGCGUGGCCCUUAACCCCCCGCCGACCCCCUGCUUGGCGACUCCGCAGGGAACCCGCAGGGUCCCCUGACAAUAGUUUGGCCCCGCGGUCGAUGGCGGUAGGCCCCGAAGCCUCAUAA